AUGUCGAAAUGUCGGCACAAUGAGAAGUGGAAGGGAGUCCAGCAGGGCACGGUUGGAGAUGUUCACAGCGAUGUGGUUGGCCUGGUGGCUUGGCACCCCUGCCGUCGCUUCCAACCUCCAAGCACGAUCAAGGUAAAGGCAUCUGGGAUCCUGAUCAAAGCAACAAGCUUUACAGAGCUUCCGCUCUACCAACCAAAGAUUUUCGAUUUGGUCAACAGCCAGACAGAAACGAUGCUUCUUAUAACCCACAGAGCAGACACUCCAAGACGAGCCUUUCGCCACUAUCGCGGAAAGAUGAAUGGGGAACGCAAUCUCACGCCGGUCAGGCAGCCGAUUCGAUUCAACAUCGACAAUUUUUACCGAAGGUGUACGACAGACCAGCUGCGAGAUUUCAUUGCCAACCGACGACGCUCUCACGUGUGUUGGCCACGCCGGCAGGCUUGCCUAGCCAUCCUCAAACAGCUCGACCAAGCAGCCACGUUUCGCUUUCUUGCUCUCCCGAACGACAUACGGCUGAUAAUCUACGACGAACUUCUCCUCUUCGACAACGAGCCCGAUCGAACUCUAUGCCCGCAGAUUCUAGCGACGUGCAAGAAGAUCAAUGAAGAGGCGACACCGAUUUUCCAGCAGAAUUUCCGAACCACUACUGUUGUACGUAUCAACUAUGAAGAGACUCCCGUUGUAGACAAGCCCACUUUCCGUCUCAUAGGACCUUCGUGCUACUACCUCCCGACUACGUGCUGGUACGAUUCCGAACGUGGAUCUUGGUCGAAACUCGCAUAUACUCGGAGGAACUUCGGUUGGCUGGAGUUCAAAGCUGCUCCCGAGGUUCAAAACAAGGGACAUUUGCUCGUGUACCUGCGUCUAGACGCGAGGGUCGGUCAUAUAAGAUCGAGGUUGUGGGAACAUAUCGAUGCCUUGGUGCAGCUUAUCAACGCCCGAGACUCCAAGAUCAAACAUGUCGACAUCAGGGUACAUGCUUCUCUCAACAAAGGGCUCAUAUCCUGUGAUACCUGGCUGUGUCUCCUCCAAGAACUAGCCACAGGUAUCCGUUUCACCAUCGACAUCAGCUUGCAGGGUACGCCAAAGGCCUGUUCGGGUACGAAUUGGCGCUGCGGUGGGAGUGUCCUCGACACAUUGCAAAGGCGGAGAGUCAACGAGUAUCGGUAUCAGAAGGAGGGACUGCCUUGA